AUGAGCAACACGGAGAUCCUGGCAAUAUCCAGCCAAAUCGAGUCUCACGAGCUCCGUGCCUGGCCAGCAUCAUCAUCGCGAGUAACAAUCUCUGAAGAUGCCAUGCAAACGCCUGAGAGGGAAAUACCUAUUGAAAAUGAGCACGAGAUGUCUCAACUAGCCCCUGUAGAUGGAGGAAUCGCAGCAUGGCGACUUCUUUGCGCAGCCUUUGUAUUUGAGACUCUGCUAUGGGGGUUUCCCUUGUCCUUUGGUGUGUUCCAGGACUACUACUCGAGGAUCCCAGCUUUUUCCACCAGUCCGUACAUCGGUGUCGUCGGCACAGUAGCCUCUGGCCUCGGCUACAUAGGAGCCCCGUUCAUCAUGCCUUUUAUCCAGAAACACCAACGUUGGCGACGGCAGAUGAUCUGGGUUGGCUGGCCUAUUUGUAUCGGUGGACUUGUAGCUGGCUCCUUUGCCAACACGCUCGAGACUCUUAUCCUCACACAAGGUGUCGCUUACGGUUUUGGGUUUCUGAUCCUUUACUACCCUAUCCUCAUGAUGGUCAACGAGUACUGGAUAGCUCGUCGUGGAAUGGCUUACGGGUUACUCUGUGGUGCGUCUGGUGUUUCAGGCGCUGUAAUGCCGUUUGUUGUGCAGGCUCUCUUGUCGACUUAUGGCUAUCAGACAACACUCCGCGCUGUUGCUGUUGGCCUGGCUGUUCUAACGGGCCCUCUGAUCCCAUUUCUUGAUGGUCGCCUACCACCCUCCGUCCACGCCAACACGCCCAAGACGAACUGGUCCUUCUUCAAAAGCCCUCUCUUCUGGUUAUACUCUGUAUCCAACUUAUUCCAGGGCUUUGGGUACUUCUUCCCUUCCUUGUACCUCCCCUCAUUCGCGACGUCUCUCAAUCUGGGUGAAAAGUCCGGACCCGUGCUUCUCGCCAUCAUGAGCGUAUCCCAGGUUGCAGGGCAGUUCGUUUUUGGUUAUCUUUCAGACCGUAAGCUACCACUCGAUGCCCUUGCUGGUACCUCUACACUUGUCGCCGCCGUAACGACAGUCACCAUGUGGAGGCUGGCAGAUUCUUUUCCUGUCAUGAUUGGCUUCGCCAUCCUGUAUGGCUUUUUUGCGGCUGGCUUCACUGCUAUCUGGGCGAGGAUGAGCAUGACUAUCACGGAUGACGUGACCGCUGCCCCCAUUGUCUUUGGGCUACUUAACUUUGGCAAAGGUGUUGGCAACGUGCUUGCGGGCCCUAUUGGCGGUCUAAUGGUUUACAACAGUAGCUCCCUACAGGAUUCGUCUGCUGCUGAGUCUCUGAUUCCAUCAUCAUAUCGGUGGGUCAUUAUCUUUACUGCGUCCUGUAUGUUCGCGAGCACGUUUGCCAUUUUCUUGCGGCAUGUAAGAUGGCUGUUUGGAAGGAUUUUUAUGCUUAGUACCGAGCUUCUUAGAAACUAG